GUUUACCGAAUCAGCUGAUCCGCCUUUGUUUACCGGAUCAGCUGAUCGGCCUCGUGGUGGGUGUGGCAGCGCUCGCUUGCAUUCCUUCUCUUACAUAAUAUCAGAAGACAGAAAGCUGAAAAUCGUGCUAAAGAAAAUUAGCAAAAGUAGCAGUUCACAGGGGAUGGCAGCGAGUGGCGAGGCUUAGGCACCAACGGAGCCGAACAACGCAUCAGUCGAUGUGGUUCUAAGGAAAAUCCUGAAAGGUUCUGGAAGAAAGCAUGGAGUGCAAAGUAUGCCUAGACGCUUAUAAUGACUGCGAGAAAAGGCCUCGAAAUCUGCCGUGUGGCCAUAGCUUCUGCUCCUCUUGCAUUGAGGACCUCAUAAGGCAAGGCAUGCUCACUUGCCCAAAUUGUCGAGCCAGGCACACCUGUUCGGAUGUGACAAACUUCCCUUUCGCUUACGAGCUGGAGGAACUGAUAAACAAGAUGAGGAUGUCGACCCUGGGUGGGAGGUCUCACGAGGAGGAGAGAAAGAUCAUCCUGAUACAAGAAGAGCAAGAGGCUCUUUUGAAGAAUAGCCUAUCCAGCUGCAAGGAUAUGCUGCUUGAACUCAAAAAGUACAAGAAUAGCUUAGGCGAAUGGGUGGUUGAACACCAGGACCUUGUUCAAGAGCUCACCGCAUUGAUAGAGGCUAACAGGAACAUCCAGCAGCUCUUGAAAAAAGAAGAAGAGUCGGCCUCUGUGUGUAUUGGGGAAGGAGAAGACAAGAAGCAGAUGUUGCUGUUGGCAGAAGAGGCCCUAGCCGCAGCCAGAACGCCGCAAGAGGUGGUGGGUGCAAUAGACGAUGGCGAGUGUUGCCGUGUCGCGGCAGAGGAUUGGGCCAAGAAGUGCCAGGAGGUCUUCCCAAAUGUCACUGCUGUUUAUAGGUCUGUCAAGGUCCGAACAUCUACCAGGAAGGCCCUGAAGAUGGUAACACAAGAGACUGGAGAAGAUACAAGCUCAUCAGUUCUCGUUUCUGAUGAUGGAGGUGCUGUAUCCAUCCUUUUUGGAGAUCCUCCUGCUAUUAUUACCACAGGAGAGAUACAGACUGCUGCUGAGCCCUUGCCAAGCAUUCUCCACAGGUUUCAUAACCUUGUUGGUAUGGAACCUUUGACGGUGGAGAGUCUUCGUGAACUGGCUAUGCCUGUGCGGCAUCUGGUGGAAUGUGGGCAAGUGGUUGCCGUUCAGCACAGCCUUGGACACCCGCGUUAUGCCAGGGUGUCUCUGCACAAUGACACACUCUGCCUUCACCACCUGCAGGACAGUCCCCCUCCCACCAAUACCCGCAUUGUUCCUUACAAUGAACUGCUAAAUCAUGUGGACAGUGCUUCCACUUUGGUCUUCCUGGAGAUGUCUUGGCCAGGUUCUACUCUGAGACGGCUCUACAUUCGGCUGAGCCCUGAUACCCCACGCGCAAAGCAGUUCCGCCUGCUGUGCACGGGCGAGGAAGGGCCGUCCUACGCCAGCACCAGACUUCUGAAGGUCGUGAACAAGGGCAAACCAGGUGAAUGUGUGAGGGGAGGGGAUUACGACAACAAUGAUGGGACUGGUGGUGCUGCCAUAAUUGUGGGAUUGACCCGUGGGGGGGAGUAUAUGCGUUCUGACAAUGCAGGAGCCGUCUGGGGCCGAUGGGGGGAUGAGUGCCGCGGUGGCCAGUUCUACAUCACCACCAGAUCCCGGCCUGGGGCAGCUCUUCUGACAGUUUUUGGCCAGGUGGAGAGUGGGCUCGAAACUCUCAAGUCGGCCGUCAAUCUGCCUGACAUAGGACGCAUGGCUGUUAAUGAUUGCGGUUUAGUGGUGCCACACUGAGGAAACUGCCUCAUUUCUUUGCAAAGGAUGUAGUUUUGUAAUGCCAUAUUACCAUAGACAAAAGCCAUCUCAUAAUGAUGCCAUGUUGUAAACAGUGAAGCAACAGUCAGGUAACUUUUUCUUACAGCAAGAUAUUAGGAUUCAUCAAGUAGCAGGGCUCAAAAAUACUGUUAAUAGAAUUAUCAAAUGCAAUUCACUAUUCUGAAUUACAUUUCUCUUCAGGGAGUACGAAUAACAUUUUCUAGUCAUAACUCAAAAAAAUUUGUUAUAUGAGAUUAUUACCAUAUAUUAAAAUAUAUUUGCAAAUGUAAAUAGAAAUAUUACUUUUAAUCUUCUUUUUCUAC